UCUAACCCCCACACGUAUCCACUUGAUCAUGGUACAAGCAAAGAAGUUCAGAGGAGUCAGGCAGCGCCAGUGGGGCUCUUGGGUGUCAGAAAUUCGCCACCCAUUACUGAAGAGAAGGGUGUGGCUAGGCACAUUUGAGACAGCAGAGGCUGCAGCAAGGGCAUAUGAUCAAGCAGCCAUUUUGAUGAAUGGUCAGAAUGCAAAGACCAAUUUCCCAACUUCAAAGAAUCAAGCUGAAGAUGCCACACCUAAUUGUGAUGACUCUUUCUUAUCUCCCAAGGCUCUUUCAGAGCUCCUCAGCACAAAGCUCAGAAAGUGCUGCAAAGACCCUUCUCCAUCUCUCACUUGUCUGAGGCUAGAUGCUGACAAUUCUCACAUUGGGGUGUGGCAAAAAGGAGCAGGACCUCGCUCUGACUCUAAUUGGGUCAUGAGGGUUGAGCUUGGUAAGAAACAGACAAAGGGUGAGUCCACAGAGUCACCGCAUGCUGGUGAUAAUGCUGUAAAUGGGGUAGAAGAAGAAGAAGAAGACAGAGUUGCUAUGCAGAUGAUUGAAGAGCUACUUAAUUGGAACUAUCCCUGUGGUUCAACUUCAAGUGAUUCACAAAUGGAAGAAAAAAGGAACCUUCCAACGUCGUAGUUCAUGAAAUAGCAUGUCCAUUUUCUGCUAUCUUUUUCAUUUACUUUUGUCAUUUGUAAAAAAAG